CCUUUUCUGCGCAAAACCCAGACUGCAAUGUGAUGACACCCACACGGUCAAGUCCUCUGAACAUAGCCUGCAGGUUCCGCAAUGAAGAGAUUCUAAGACUUUUCCUGGACCACGGGGGAAAUCCCCUUCUCAUGCACAACACGGACGGGAAUACGCUGCACAUCAUAGCCAAGGGUUCUGAGAGGAGGAUCGCUGAGCUGAUCUUCGAAGGCUCUAAAACCAAGAUACCGGUCAACACUGCUGACGUAUAUGGCAUGACACCACUGCACCACGCAGCACAGACAGGAAACAUGGAGAUGUGCAAAUGGCUGCUGAUGCACAAAGCGAAACCCCGGGUGAAGGACUUUCGCAAAGGAACACCAUUCCACCUGGCCUGCCGACAGGGACACAUCAACAUCAUGACCUUACUACUCCAAGCAGAUUCCUCAGAGAAGAAACAGUUGUUACACCUUAUGGCAGAUGCUGAUGAUGAGGGAAAUACGGCUCUUCACCACGCAUGUCUAGAUAACAGGAUGCAGGUAGUGAAAACAUUAUUGGACUGGGGAGCCGAUGCAAACGUUUUAAAUAAAUCCCACUGGGUCCCUCUACACUUCUGUGCCCUGAACGACCACAAGGAGCUUGUCCCGGAGCUGUUACGUCACCGGGCAGACCCGGAGACGCGGGAUAUCCAUGGACGGACGCCGUUACACAUCGCCGCCGGCUACCGGAAAAUCGACACUAUUUCAGCUCUUGUUGAUGGGGGCGCAAAGAUCAACGAACGAGACACGGAAAACAGCACUCCCUUACUCAUUGCAUGCAAGAAAGGUCACAUUGACGUGGUAAAGCUACUCAUUACCCUGGGAGCUGACCUCACAAUUCGGGGUUCGUUUGACAAAACAUGUCUACACAUCGCCACAGAGGAAGGGCACGCAGAGGUGUUGCACGUUUUGUUGGAGAACUGUGACAGUAGGCUUGUGGAAGCACAAGAUAUCUUUAACCAGAAUGCACUACAUGUCGCAGCAGUACAGAAAAAUGCCAUUCUUGCAAGAACACUUAUUCAGCAUGGCUGUUCUGCCAACGAGCGUGAGAUUGUGGGGAGGAUACCGUUGCAUCUUGCGGCAGGCCUAUCGUCCUACGAGACAGUGAUCACCGUGGCAGAGGCGACCAAAGAUGUGAACCAGGAGUGCUAUGACAUGAAGAGCCCUUUCUUCAUGGCUUGUGAGACGGGCAACCGGCCAGCCAUUACAGCGCUCAUAGAGAAGGGAGCCAUCAUCAGAGACACAGAUACAUUCUUCAGAAACACUUUAAUGGUGGCAGCGAUAGGCGGGUAUUCCGAUAUCGUGGAGGAUCUCAUCAAAAUGGGCAUUCAAGUAGAAACUAAAGACAAAGAAAGGAACACAGCCUUGCAUUACGCGUGCGCACAUGGCCACCUGACCACGGUAUCCGCCCUACUACACCACGGCGCCAAAGUGUCCGACAUCAACGUGUAUGGUCAGAGUCCGCUGGACAUGGCUGUGGACAGAGAAAUGUCUGACGUCGCUGUCUUCCUCAUGCAGCACUACACAUGGGAGGAAAGUAUGUCAGUAAAAGACAAACAUGGCCGCACAUGCUUGGACAGAAUGAUACGCAAAACUCCUUUAGCUGUCAAGGUACUUCUGGACAAUUGCAUGAAGACAUCUAACAACCAAGAAGUUGACGAAGAGUAUACAGUCGAGCUUAACUACCGGUACAUUGAUCCUCUGCCGGACAAACACAUCACAGAAUAUUUGCACAACAAUCCUUUACUGACGAUGCUGGAGAAGGAGCGGGAGGAUCUACUCUCCCACCCUGUGUGUCAGGGCCUUCUUUCUUAUAAGUGGCACAUUUACGGUCGACUGAGUCUUUUCAUGAAUCUGACCAUGCAGUUCGUCUUCAUUGGACUGGUCGUCUUCCUUUUCUUCAUCAGCUUUCAUAAGCCAACAAAAAGCGACAGAAGUCAUGACUGUGACUUUGUGAAAGGGAUGUCAGCAAAUGAGACAGGGACAAGGCAGGAGUUCCACGAGACUCAUCUUUUCGUCAUCGAAAUACUUCUAUACAUCACGAUGGCGAUGCUUUACAUCAAAGAAUUGUCUCACGCUUUUAUUGUA